AGUCCCCUUUCCGCAUCACCUGCAAGCGACGCCAUGACGUCAUGCGGCCACCUGACGCCUGGGCGUCGUGUUCCUGUUGGCGAGCUAGCUGCCAACACCUGCUAGCUGCAACAACUGUGGCAACAGACAUGUGGGCGUCGUGCUGUAAUUGGAUGUGUUUGGACUCUGUGGAUGAUGAGGGGGGCGGCCAUGCUGAGCCACACCCUCAGUCCUACACAAACUCCGCCUUCAGCAGCCAGCCCUCCCACCCACCUGAACACACCUGCAAGGCCUGUGGGAGGCGUCUGGACACUCCCACCACCAAGCAUGUAUGCGCCGACUGCAAAAAAAACUACUGCAACCGCUGCUCCGCCCAGUUGGAGCCCCGCCCCCGCCUGUGUCACACCUGUCAGCGUUUCCACGGCAACCUGUUGCAGCGAGCAGAGCUGAUGAAGCUCAAAGUGAAAGAACUGCGUGACUACCUGCACCUGCACGAAGUCUCCACCCACCUAUGUCGAGAGAAGGAGGAGUUGGUGGAACUCAUCCUGGGUCAGCAGCCCUCCCCACCCUCUGAUCCCCCCUCUGUGACCCCUGACUCCCUAGACCAGAUCCCCGACAUUUCCACCUCCAGCACUGAGACCCCCUUUUCUGUUCAAGUUGAGACUCCAGAGAGCACCCACACUGAUCCAGACACCCUAGACCAGGACCAGGGCUCGGACCCCGAGGAGGAGGAGGCGGGGGGUGUUCUGGGACGCAGGGCAUCUUUGUCUGACUUGAUGAGCGUGAGCGACAUCGAGGCGCUGAGCGUGCGUCAGCUGAAGGAAAUCCUGGCCAGGAAUUUUGUCAACUUCAAAGGAUGCUGCGAGAAAUGGGAGCUAAUGGAGCGAGUGACGCGCCUCUUCCAGGACCACCAGAACUUGUCGGAGGCCGACGGCGGUGUCGCGGGCCCGGAAGAGAACCUUUGCCGGAUUUGCAUGGAUGCGCCCAUUGACUGCGUCCUGCUGGAGUGUGGUCACAUGAUCACGUGCACCAAGUGCGGUAAGAGGAUGAGCGAGUGUCCUAUCUGCCGCCAGUAUGUCAUCCGAGCGGUCCAUGUCUUUCGGUCCUGACCCAUCAGAACACAGGUAAAAGGAAGUCAUGUGAUCCACUCCUCCCCCCCACACACACAAACACGGCAUGCUUUUGUUUUGUAGGGCUGUGAAGAAUAGGGCUACCUCGACCUUUUACCUGUUGUCUUCAGUGUUUUGUCACACUGCGGGGUGGGGGGGGUCCUGCACCCUCAGGCGAGGGGAGGUUCAAUCAGCUGCUUGAAGGAGAACAAAUCCGCCGUUUUUUCACGGCGAAUGCUCACUAGCGUUUACACGGUGGAGACGGACAUCGCCAUCUUCCCCUGAUACGCUGCUAACAUCUUGAAUGUAACCAUCUUAAAAAUGCUAUGCUAGGCUAACAAUGACUACGGACUAUGCUUUGAUUUGUGUUGAAGAGGCGACAAAAAGUUGCACUUGAGGCAGCCUUCGAAGUAAACGAUAUUUUAGGAGCGACUUGAAACAUGUGGAAGUGUUCCGAGGCGCCAGGAUGCCUCCCUUUGUGUCGUCACUCAUUUUGUACUGAAAGAAUUUUUUAAUGUUGUGCUGGUGUUGUAUAUAUUUGUUUCUCAGCACUGAAACUUGACCAUCAAAAGAUUGAUGCUAACAUACAUGUACAAUAAAUUAAUAGAAUUUCUCUAGUUUGUUUUGUCACGAUUUUAUGAUUCUGUCACGCUUAAAAACAAGUCGGCCCCAACCUUCUUGAGCCAAAGGACCAGCGCGAGUUCUCGUAUAUAUGUGUCUGUGUGUGUGUCUGUGUGGGCAGAGUUUAUAGUAAUUGAAUGCUUUUGUGAUUUACUAAUGUAUAAAAUGAAGACGAGCACAACAUCAAAUGAAAAGCACAAAAUGAAAAUUUACUCGCCUUUUCUGGGUUGCAUGUGACGGCACAUCCGGUCGCAGUCGUCGCCAGAUCAGGCAAAUUGGGGUGGGGGUGGAGAUGGGGUGGGGUUCAACAAGCGCAUUCGCAGCGAGACGUUAAGUGAAGUCAGACUAAAACUGAAGCUGUAUUUUGACGUCUGACAUGCAGGGGCAUAUUUAGUCACUGGGGCCCUCCACAUCCUUUUUUUUUUUUUUUUUUUUUUUUAAAAUAAAAAGCAAUUAUGUAAUUUAGGCCACUUUUUUCCUGCUUUUGAAAUCUGUUCCAGUUAUCUGUCAGCUUAAGUUGCUAGUUACAUGGCCAUGCUUAUACAAGGUGGGCGAAAAGUAGGGUUAGUGGGCAGGGUACAGUAUGUGACUUGACCCCCAAUCAGAAGUGACGCGGACUGCCAUACUUUAAGUUAAACUGCUGUUGUGUUCUUGUCUCCCCUGAGUAUUAUUCUGAGUAGAAGUCAUUUUUUUCAGCAUCCCCAGUGAGAAAUCUUGUAAACUUUAUUUUUGCAACUGCUGCUGGCAGUUGCGGGUGAUCACAAGUGCCCAACUUUAGUCCCAAUGUGAUGUCAGAGUGAAAAAUGUAUUUUUAUAUCAUGUUUAAUUUGAUGUACAGGUGAGUCCUCUAGUUUCGUGGCUAUGUACACUUUCCCAUAAAUGAAUAAAAAAAUGUAACUUCGGCCUAUAAACGCUGGACUCGCUCAAGAGGUAGUUACAGCGCAGUGCACCACGGAAGAAUACACUAGGAAUACACUCGUAACCGCAAUGAAGGAUAAAGAUGGUAUUUUUACGUCUAUCUGGCCACUGUAAGGAUGACGAGGAGGUGGUCGGGCAACAAUCUCUAUACUGCAAAAAGCAAAACAGGAUACUGUCGGAAAACACUACUGAAAACCAGGACACUUGGCCCAACAAAGAGAUACUUAAAUGAUACUAAAGGUUUACUCCCGCCACCCUCAAGAAGAAGAAAAUGCAACACCACCAUGAAGACAUGUCCGCGGCGUACCUUGGUGAUGCUAGUUUCACUUUGGACGUUUGAUAUUCGGCUCUGUAGCUACAGCAGUAAUUCCCCCUCACUGUGCCCGCACUGCUGUGUGUGUGUGUGUGUGUGUGUGUGUGUGCAGGGAGGUUGUACGGGAAGUGCUGCUGUAACUGCUGGUUGUUUAUACUAUGGACCGUCAAUAAAUUACUGUUGCGUUGAAGAGAGUGUAACUGAGGGGGUAAGGAUUCCCACUAAUGUUAUGGGAGUGCAGAGUGAAAGGACAGGACCCGGAGCUGCAGGAGGCAAGUUAUUCUUAGCCCACUUGUCUCUCCACUGACUCGUGUCAAGUGACCUCAACACACACUUCCGACCGUCAAAAUAACAGCACAUCCUGUGGGGGUACAAAAUAAGGACGUCACAAAAAAAAUGUCAUAUUCUAAAUCACACCACAAAUUGAUCUAUAACCAUGUCAAAUGAGUAGUUUUGCACACCCAUUUUUCCCAAUUUUAUUUUUCAUUGAAUGGAUUUUUAUUGUAUUCAGGAGCUGACUCAGAGGUUUGUUGCAAAGCCAAAAAAUAUUGUUGGUCAUACUGCGUAACAAAGUCAAUUCGGCAAUAUUUGCAUUAUUUUCAAUGCUUUGAAAAGCUAUUUUCCUAACCAUAUUCAAUUCAUAUUCAAAAAGGAUCGGGAUCGGCAAAAAAAAACCAAACUCAGAUCGGAAGCCAAAAAAAAGUUGAUCGGGACAUCCAUAUUUAGGUGUAAGAUCUGAUUUACAUCACAGCCUAGGAAUGGAGCUUGUAUGUAACCCGAGGACCACCUGUAGUAAUUUACAAAUCUCUUCAAAAUAUUUACUUUUUUUUUUUUUUAUCACUCCCGGUUUGGCCCCACCCAUGGAACGGUACUGCUGAAAACUUUCAUAAGCAGUGUUUGGGGGCUCCUGUUAAAGUAAGAAAAAAAGUGAAACACCACGACCUUUUUUUAAAAAAAAAUUUUUUUUUCAAAUUAUAUUUAUUGCCACAUAUGCACUAGACAGAAAAAUAAAAUGUGUUUUCUUUUUUGUUUUUUUUGUAGUUCAGUUCUCUUCUGGUCAUGAAAUGCUUGUUUUUUUAAUUACUGAUUAUCUUACAAACAACUUCAAAAGGCCCAAAAUGUCUUUGUGUGUGAAAAAUAAAAUAUAAAUAAUUGGGUAAGUUCCUUGUCAGCAAACAGCUGUCUUACAUAGAAAUGACCUUUGUGAAAAUAAAUAAAUUGAUAAAAAGAGCUGAGGGACUGGACAGCAAGUUUUUGAUUGAUAUGCAUGUCUGUGUGUUUAAGACAGAAAUGUUAAAAUAUUCAAACUUUCAUUUUAAGAUGUGAUGUCACGUCUCAGGUGAUGUGAAAGAUUGGCUCCGCCUCCCAGGCGAUGCGCUGGGUGCUGAUUGGUCAUUGGACAGGACAACAAGGCACUCGCUGGUCACAUGACAGAUUUUUUUUUCUCAGGCGCUUGUGUGUGAGCCAAUCACAGAGGUCACGGGGUUAAGCUGGUUGGCAGUAGCAGCAAGUAGAGAAGAGCAGGCAGCAGUUGCUAGGCAACAGAGGACGGACAGAGUCAGUGUGAUGUCACAUUGAAGUUCCAAAAUCUGAGGACCCAAACUGGACAGGCUUCUAAUUUGGACAGUGAAGGUGGACUGUGGUUACCUGGAGGCGGAACUUAGGCCUCGCUGGCGCUGCUGUUCCUGCUGAGCUCUCGAAUGCCCUGAAGGAUUCUCUUCAUGUGACCCACCUUGGUCACCCCCAGGUCCUGCAAAUGCCGCAAACAAGCAUGGUCAGCAUCACGUGUGACACGUAGGCUCACAACGACGCGGUCAGCCUACCUUCAGGUCCCGCCUCUCCAGGUGGACCAGCUCGCUUCCUCGGACGUCGUGACCGAUAAAGAUGUCCUUAUACUCGGAGAGACAGAGAAAGUCUAGCCACGCCCCGACCUCCUCCGUCCCCCACUGGUGAACUGAUGCCAAGAGGAAGUCAUCUUGUGUUCAAUGAACUUAAGGUCAGUGAGACUCAACUUUGACUUUUAACGGCGGUGUCCAAACGUCUUCCACCGGGGGCCGCAUACAAAAAAUUCUGAUGCUAUAUUGUAAUUUUAGAAUAUGAAAAUAAAAAGGCGACCUGAGGGCUGCAAAUGGGGCCCGGUGCUGGACUUUGGACAGCCAUACUUUAACCAAUCAAAACGAAGGAAGGGGAUAUGCUUACCUGGCAGGGAGAGAGACCCAAAAGUCUCUUUAUUUCUGUUGUUUUUGUCCUUUUUAAACUUCGGAACCAGGCGGAACUUUGCACUCCUACUGGGCUUCGCCAAGUCUGUGAGGGGACCCUGGGCACACCCGCAGCGUUUAAUGCACAAGCCACCUUCUCCGAACCCCUCCUCUAGAACCCACUCCAGCAGGAAAACAGGGGAGUACCUCAUGGUCAGAUGGGUCGAUGACGACGCUCAACCAUGAAACGUCAACCAGUCGACGAAGCUGCUGAUCAACCAAACUCAAUGCAGAGUUCAACUGGUCUUGCUGAGGUGGGUCCAACACCUGCACACGCACACAAACACACUCAUAUUAAAAGUGUUUCACUGGCACCUUGUUGCAUGAUGUGGUCAGAAGUCAGGAUACCAUGGACAUCUUUCCAGCAAGGAGCAGCUCUGUCUCGCUGAGUAGCGCUUUGACGUCUUUAACCAUUCGGACCACGGUGCCACAGCUCAGUGUCUACACACACAGUAGAGUAUUAGUGUACGUUUACAGUCUAGUAAUAAAAAAUAAAUCUGUUUUUUGAAGUGACUAAAAAAAAAUAAUACUAAUAAUUUAUAGGUGCAGAUCUAUUACUGUCGGAGAUCUGAGGUUUAAUCCAGAUGGGAGAGAUGAGUUGUUGUUUUUUUUU